UCGACAAAGUGAGCAGCAGAGAUUUAUUUAUCCUGCCAACGAUGCGCCAAGAAGAUUCACUAAAGUGACCGAACAACAUCUUUAAUACACUUUUUCUGCAGAUUCUUGGACUUUUUGUAAGUUUUUUGUUUUUUUCCCCUCCUGCGCCAAGUUGUCGUGCAGGAACUGCUAUAUUUCUAUAUUUACUUGUAAGUGCUCUUUGUUGCUGUGUGACAAUGCUGGCCACCAACCAAGCAACACUUUGACAGACAACAAAGUUCUAGUGCGACUUUAGGAUGAACCGGGAGGACUUUUGCUGACUGGCGUCGACUUUCGCGUUUCCUGCUGCGCCAAAAGUUCAGGACGAACACGCUCAAAGUUCCACGCACUUUGCAACUUUUCCCCCCCAAAGUUGGAGAAGGACUUUUUGUUCCCCCGUCCUCCUCCUCCUAGCGGACCAUGGAUCCGGGCCAGCACAACCCUCCCGUCGGACACCAGAUCGUCCACGUCCGGGGCGACUCGGAGACCGACCUGGAGGCUCUGUUCAACGCCGUGAUGAACCCCAAGACCGCCAUCGUGCCGCCCUGCGUGCCCAUGAGGAUGAGGAAGCUGCCGGACUCCUUCUUCAAGCCGCCAGAGCCCAAGUCGCACUCCAGACAAGCGAGCACGGACGCAGGCGGCGGCGGCCCCCUCACCCCCCACCACGUGCGCGCCCACUCCUCGCCCGCCUCCCUGCAGAUGGGCGCCGUCUCCGGGGGGUCCCUGGCCGGCAUGGGGCCGCCUGGCACCUCCCCCCAGCACCCGCGCCAGUCCUCCUACGAGAUCCCCGACGACGUGCCCCUGCCCCCGGGCUGGGAGAUGGCCAAGACCGCCUCGGGCCAGCGAUACUUCCUCAACCACAUUGACCAGACCACCACUUGGCAGGACCCCCGCAAGGCCCUCCUGCAGAUGAACCAGGCCCCCCCGCCCAGCUCGGUGCCGGUCCAGCAGCAGAACCUGAUGAACCCGGCCAGCGGUCCUCUCCCUGAAAGCUGGGAACAAGCCAUUACGUCCGAGGGUGAGGUCUACUACAUCAACCACAAGAACAAAUCCACUUCCUGGCUGGACCCACGACUCGACCCGCGUUUCGCCCUGAACCAGCAGAGGAUCUCCCAGAGUGCACCAGUGAAGGCGGGCGGCCAGCUGCCCCCCAGCAUCCUCAGCGGGGUCAACCAGAUGAGGCUGCAGAAGAUUGACAAGGAGAGGCUGAGACUCAAGCAGGAGCUGCUGAGGCAGAGACCUCAGGAGCUAGUUCUCAGGAACCAGCUGCCCACCAGUAUGGAUCAAGAUGGCGGCACCAACCCCGUGUCCUCCCCCAUGGCCCAGGACGCCCGCACCAUGACCGCUAACAGCUCGGACCCAUUUCUCAACAGCGGGACGUACCACUCCAGGGACGAGAGCACGGACAGCGGCUUGAGCAUGAGCAGCUACAGCGUGCCCCGCACCCCUGAUGACUUCCUCAACAGCGUGGACGAGAUGGACACAGGUGACCCCCUGCCCACCUCCAUGGCGUCGCAGCCCAGCCGCUUCCCCGACUACCUGGACGCCAUCCCGGGCACGGACGUGGACCUGGGCACCCUGGAGGGCGAGAGCAUGGCGGUGGAGGGGGAGGAGCUUAUGCCCAGCCUGCAGGAGGCGCUCAGCUCGGACAUCCUCAACGACAUGGAGUCCGUGCUGGCGGCCACCAAGAUCGACAAGGAGAGCUUCCUGACGUGGUUAUAGAGGCCCCGCCUUCUCCCCGCCCCCGCCCCUCCCCCGCCAGCGUGUGAAGGAUUCGUGCUCGCUUUGAGCGGACGCUUCAGCUCCGUGGUUCUCCUCCCUUCCUGUCGUCUGCGUCUACAAGGCUGGCCCGCGAGCAGACAAUAACCAAGCAAAGCGUCCUCGAAGGUUUUCACACGCCGCCGCCGCCCCUCCCCCCUCCCCCGCCCGCCCGCCAUGGCGUGUGCGUGCUCUGUCGCCGUCUUCUUCUCUUGCAGGACAGCUUUACUCGCCAGACAUGAUGUAUUGGAGGACCGUACGGAUUUGGAGCGGCGGUAUAAGGAAGGCCCCGGCGAGGACGCGUGUGAUUGGUCGGGAGGGUCCUGGGGGGGGGGGGGGGGGGGGUGGAGGGGGCGGGGCCACCACGCCGCUGCUUGGCUGUGCCAGCAAGUCUAAGUUAAACUUUUUUUGUCAGAAGAACAUGCGAGCGACGCGAACAAGCCACGCCUUCUCUUGCUCAUCUCCUCCAAUCAAAAUGUCUUUUUCAUUUAUGAACACAUUUUAAUGGGUUUUUUUAGGGAUUUGUUAGCUUCUUGUAUUAUUCUUUUAGAUGUAUGAUCUUUUCCUUCUGGCAUCAGCAGACCAAGAACACAAACUCUCCCGACUAUAGAGUGCACCGCGAUAUAAGCCACACCCACUACAUUUUUGAAGAAAAGACAUAGUAUUCCAUAUAUGAACCGCACCGGACUAUAAGCCGCAGGUAUACACGUUAUGGAAUGACUUAUUUACACAGAAAUAUUUUUUACGUACCUUAUUGUUUGCAAACAGUGUCUGUUACAGGGCAGUAAAACGGCUGAUCAAACAAAACACAGGUCAAGAUCAUGGACUCACUAGCUGCGCAAGCUAGCUCUCCAAUCAGCUAAACAGACUCAAUAACUCCACGCUGACGUUUUGCUGAAUUUACUGAGGAAUUUGUGAAAGUGAAACAAUACAAAAAGAAUGUAAGUUAAUAAUACUAACACAGACACUCGUAAACAUGUUAGCAUGUUAGCUAACCAUUACAUUACUAUAGCAGGUACAAAUAUGCAUGAAAACACUCCUACAGACAUCACACAUGGGACACUUUAGUCAGUAAGAAUAGUUUUAGUUAUAUUGUAAAACUUACACACGUUGCUUGGAGUCAUGAAUGAAGAAUCAUCACAAGUAGAAUCGUUAUGGAUGACUAGAAGAUCAAACAAAAAUAUGAAAUCAAGAAUAGUAAGCAAAUAUAACAUACCUUAAUUGUUCCCAAACGGUGUCUGUAACACGGCAGUAAAACGGCUGAUCAAACAAAACAGAAGUCAUGGUCAUGGAGCCACUAGCUGCGCAAGCUAGCUCUCCAAUCAGCUAAACAGGCUCAAUAACUCCACGCUGACGUUUUGGUGAAUUUCCUGAGGAAUUUAUGAAAGUGAAACUAUACAAAAAGAAUGUAAGUUAAUAAUACUAACACAGACACUCAUAAACCUGUUAGCAUGUUAGCUAAUGCUAACAACGCUAGCUUGAUUACAUUAGGAUAGCAGGUACAAAUAUGCAUGAAAACACUCCUACAGACAUCACACAUGGGACACUUUAGUCAGUAAGAAUAGUUUUAGUUAUAUUGUAAAACUUACACACGUUGUUUUAGUUAUAUUGUAAAACUUACACACGUUGUUUUAGUUAUAUUGUAAAACUUACACACCUUGUUUUAGUUAUAUUAUAAAACUUACACACGUUGUUUUAGUUAUAUUGUAAAACUUACACACCUUGUUUUAGUUAUAUUGUAAAACUUACACACCUUGUUUUAGUUAUAUUGUAAAACUUACACACGUUGUUUUAGUUAUAUUGUAAAACUUACACACCUUGUUUUAGUCAUAUUGUAAAACUUACACACGUUGCUUGGAGUGAUGAAUGGAGAAUCAUUUACGAGUAGAAACGCUAUGGACGGCUAGGAGACCGAACGGCACUUCUACUUCUGGCUCGGCGCUUUAAAACAGCAGGAAACACUGGUCGGCAUUCACCCAGCAGCGUUAGCUAACGACGCUAGCUUGAUUACAUUACAAUAGCAGGUACAAAUAUGCAUGGAAACACUCCUACAGACAUCACACAUGGGACACUUUAGUAAGUAAAAAUAGUUGUAGUUAUAUUGUAAAACUUACACACCUUGUUUUAGUUAUAUUGUAAAACCUACACACGUUGUUUUAGUUAUAUUGUAAAACUUACACACAUUGUUUUAGUUAUAUUGUAAAACCUACACACGUUGUUUUAGUUAUAUUGUAAAACUUACACACAUUGUUUUAGUUAUAUUGUAAAACUUACACACCUUGUUUUAGUUAUAUUGUAAAACUUACACACCUUGUUUUAGUUAUAUUGUAAAACUUACACACCUUGUUUUAGUUGUAUUGUAAAACUUACACACCUUGUUUUAGUUAUAUUGUAAAACUUACACACCUUGUUUUAGUUAUAUUGUAAAACUUACACACGUCGCUUGGAGUGACGAAUGAAGAAUCAUCACACGUAGAAUCGUUAUGGAUGACUAGAAGAUCAAACAAAAAUACAAAAUCAAGAAUAGUAAGCAAAUAUAACAUACCUUAAUUGUUCCCAAACGCAGCAGUAAAACGGCUGAUCAAACAAAACACAAGUCAAGGUACUGGACCCAGACAUGGGACGGUUUAGUCAGUAAGAAUAGUUGUAGUUAUAUUGUAAAACUUACACACGUUGCUUGGAGUGACGAAUGAAGAAUCAUUUACGAGUAGAUCCGCUAUGGAUGGCUAGAAGACCGAACGGCACUUCUACUUCUGGCUCGGCGCUUUAAACAGCAGGAACCACAGGUUGGCAUUCACCCGGCAGCAUUAGCUAACAACGUACAAAUGUAAAAUUUACAAACGUUUCUUGGAGUGACGAAUGGAGAAUCAUUUACGAGUAGAACGUCAUGGACGACUCGAAGACCAAACAAAAAGAUGAAAUCAAGAAUAGUAAGCAAAUAUUACAUACCUUAAUUGUUCCCAAACAGUGUCUGUAACACGGCAGUAAAACGGCUGAUCAGACAAAACACAAGUCAAGGUCAUGGACCUACUAGCUGCGCAUGCUAGCUCUCCAAUCAGAUAAACAGAAUAGUUUUAGAUAUAUUGUAAAACGUACAAAUGUUGCUCGGAGUAAUGGAUGAAGAAUCAUUAAAAGUAAAAACGCUAUGGAUGGCUGGAGGACCAAACGGCACCCGCAGUGAGCGAGCUCGUCCAAGAGAUGGCGCCGUAGCACAAACAAUAACACCUUUUCAGUGUCUUUGAUUGCGUUGAUUAGAAAAUAACUAUUUGCAAUAUGGCUGCCGGAAUCCACGAAAAGUAGCGGCUUAAAGUCCGGAAUCUACGGCAUUAAAAUACAAACCCCGUUUCCAUAUGAGUUGGGAAAUGGUGUUAGAUGUAAUUAUAAAGUGAAUACAAUGAUUUGCAAAUCCUUUUCAAG